AUGUGUCAUAUUACACCACAUGAAGGACACUUCCACCAAGUUUUACUAGGAGGAACUUUAGAAAUACCUUCAUACACGCCUGUCUCCACUUCCUCCACAACCGCUACUGGAAAUGAGACACUCACGUUAGCGGACGAAAUAAAAAAAUAUGACACUGGAGCCCUUAUUUCGUUUUUGCAGGAACGGGACUUAGGGUUGGACUUGGACGACGAAAAUAUUAUUCGCAAGAAGGAGAUUACGGGCCAGGACUUCUUUGACUUGACCCAGGAAGAGCUUGAGAAGUGGGGAAUGCCAGGUGGACCUGCUAAGAGACUCGUAAAGUUUGCGAAGGAGUGCAAGGAUAAGAAGUUGAGGGCUUUUUCGACAUACCGUAGCUUAAAGGAAGUAUUAGAAAAAUAUGACCUCGCAUCUGAGGGCACAGAGAUUAUACCUCUUUUCACACCACGAAUCCACGAAAUCCCAGACGAAAAUAAGCAUCUCGAACUGUGUAUGGCAGAUAUCAAGUUACGACUUAAAAGUUAUGGAACGUUGGUAAUGACAAGUUUGGAGUCCAUGCGUAAUGAGUACGUUUCAAUAUACUACAUACCGCCCUUCGUAUCGCAGAAGAUAUUACGAAAAAGAAAUUUAGUAUGA